ACAUCACAACCAUGAGCGCAACGACUGUGAGCGCGGAUGGAAGAAAGUAUUGCCCCCGUAUCCAUUUUGCCCGUUGCACACUAGUAUCAAAAACGAGAUGAUUGUCUACGAACAGGACCUAUUUGGUCUCAAAAAUUUGACCCGCGUGCACGGAUCAGCUGUUUACCGAGUAGUCUUACCAGCUUCAGUCUCGUCCGCGAUCCUCCUGAUUUUUCACAGUUUACAAAUCGACAAUGACCAGACCCAAAAGGCACGAGAAGAUCUCAUCGUGCAGCAUCCUUACGUCAUUGGGGCCUUUGUUGGAUUCUUUUCUUUUCUGUUGACCUUUCGAUUGAAUUUUGCCUACCAGCGGUACUGGGAAGGGGCUACCGCUAUACACCAGAUGUUGAGCAAAUGGACAGAUUUCGGUAUGAACGUGGCGGCUUUUCACUACCAGAGCGAUGUAUAUGAUGAUAUACAGCCACCGAGCUUUGGAUCGCAUCCAAAUUUGCGAGCAAAAGACAUUGUGGGACGUGAACGCGAUUUCGAAACAACGUACGAGGAGUGCGUUGAGAAAGUAGAGCUCUGCUUGGAAGAAAUGCAGCAAGAGAGUAUCGCAAACACAUCCCCGGCGUGGUGGAGAGGGGGAUUACGACGUCGCAGACACAAAGACCACGCCGAUUCGACUCGGCAACCGUCCACAACAACACCCCACAGACUUAAAUCGAUCAAUGCCAACAAAGAGACUAGCAGCAAUUCCGCCCCCAACCGCCUAGAUUCAUACAUUCCCAUCCCCCAGCGCUUCCAGGAACAAUUUGGAAUAAACUUGAGGAGACAGUCAACGCCUAUCACCACGGAUAGUCGAGCCAACAGCCGUCGUAGUAGUCUCGUCAAACAAUCCAAAGCAUCGCAAAAUCUAGUUUCUCGUAAGGCACGCGUUCCUUUACCCAGCCUGUUUUUACAGGAAACUGCACAUUUGCUUUCGCUUUUGGCCGGUGUCGCUUUCUCGACGCUCCGUAACGAUAUGGAGCAGGCCGAGAAUCCUUUAAACAUGUACUAUCCCGGAAAACCCUGGCCUGCGAUGGAUCCGGAUUGUCUCGAUAAAGAUACCAAGCACCUAUACGGCGAAGAUCAGAUCCUAUGGCAAUCCUUGUACUUUAUGCUUGGUUUAGAUCGAAGUGAGCGACACAGGACGCUGUACAACGCCGCCAGACCGUUUGGUGUCCUUGGUGGUGUCAGUGAUCAAGAAAUUGCCAUGCUUCAGCAAGCACAUGGGCCGUACGCCAAGGUAGCGCUGUGUACAAUGUGGACGCAAGAAUUUAUUAGCCGAGAAUACAUGGUAGGGUCGGCCGGAAAGGUGGCACCGCCGAUUGUGUCGAGAUUGUACCAAUUUCUAUCGGAUGGUGUGGUUGGCUACAACCAGGCCCGGAAAGUUGCCUAUAUCCCUUAUCCUUUUGUAAAUGCUCAAAUGACAGCAUUUUUCAGCCUCAGUAUCAUAUUCAUUUUCCCCAUGUUGAUGUAUUCCUACGUCAAUGUUCUUUGGUUUGCUUGCGUACUAAAUUUUACUGUCGUGACCUGUUUUCUGGGUAUGCAUGAGGUUGCUCGGGAAUUGGAGAAUCCUAUGCAAAACGCGCCGAAUGAUUUACCCUUGGUCACCUAUCAGGCCCAGUUCAACGAAGCGCUGGUAACCAUGUAUGCUGGCUUUCACCCGGAUUCGUGGUGGGAGAUUCGCAGCCAAGAGUCCAAGGAUGAUAACACGCAGUUCG